AUGACGUUUCGCUCCAUCAGACCUGCUUCGUCGAGACCGCACACAGCCGUCCCGGUUCCGAAAGAGGGUUCCCAGGAACCGCAAGGCCGGGGCCAGGCGGCUGUCAUCCAAGCCUGCAACAAUUGUCGGAGGUUCAAAGUCAAGUGCGACGGGAGUUGGCCCAGGUGCUCCACAUGCACCGUCAAGAAUCGCCAAUGCGCUUACGUCGGCCAAGAGGGCCAGACCCGUGCCGCGGCUGUCAAGUCUCGCCUGGUGUCUCUGGAGGAGAUUAUCGAUGCCUUGCGAAGUCGUGACCCCGACCAGGUCACCCAGCUGCUGGAUUGCAUACGCACCAGCGACGACCCCGUCGACAUCAUCAAGCAUCUUCCUGCGUCCUCGCCUGCAGCCACCGCCAAGGUCGACCCUCACUGCAACCUGACGCUCCUCGCAAACAGGCCCAUCCACGACGUCCGCCUUCUCUUUCCCGAACCGUCGAUAGUCAUGCGGGCUGUCGAUUCCUUCUUCAGCUGCAGCGGCAAGCUAUUUCAAGUCUUUUCCAGGGAACAUAUAUCGCGCUGCUACAACGCCAUAUUCAACGAACCCCAAGCAGCCCUCUCCCAGAAAGUAAAGACCAUGGUCUGUUGCGUGGCAGUUGUCGCCGCCGUCGGAGCCCAGUACAUGGGUGACAGCUGCAGCCGCGAAAUCGAACAGGGGCUAUAUGAUCUUGCCAGGCAUUUUUUCGAGGUCGCUGCCGAGCAAGAGCCGCUUCACUCCAUCAAGGUAUGCUCGCUACUGGCGCAGUACAAUAUUAUGAGCAAGGAGAUGAUAGCCCUCGCCUAUGUUGAAACGGGGCUAAGCUGGUGUAAGCUUCAUGGCACCAGCGGCCAGGCCUGCCGGCCAGCAUCCAUCCCGCGGCUGGAGUGGUCCGACUUGCGCAAGACGUGGCGCACCCUGGUGUUUUUCUCAAGCUGGCUCUCAUCAACCCUCGGGUACAUGUCCGGGAAUGCCUGGGUGGCGGAAAGAAGCAUGUUGUCGGACAUGAAAGCCGAGGACCCUACAGACGUGUCAGAUGUUGUUCAAACAGAAAUGGCGAGGAUAUGCAUCCUCAAGGCGGACAUACUUCGCAUGCAUCUCGUCUUCCAAGAGCUCUCCAUGAAAAGUAUAGAAACCAUCAUGCAAGACCUGCAGAGGUGGUAUGAAGAACUGCCAGACUGUGUGCGACUCGAAUCCAGUGGACGCGAUGGCUUGCAAACUGAGACCAAGCGGUCCAUAAUGCAUCUGCACUUGCUCUACCUCGGAGCCAUGAUGCUUCUCUACCGCCGAGUCGUAACCCAGUUUCUGCAGUCCUACCUGAUCGGAUCGAGCCCCGGCGUUUUGCAGAUGUCUUGCAAUGACGUAAUUGUCCAACAAGCCAACGAGACUGUGCUGGCGGCAAGCACGUCAGCCCGCAUCGUCAAACUGCUGAUGGAUGACCAGGCAGUUUUCAAACACUGCUGGCUUGUCAUUUUUCAGGCAUACACAAGCUGCACGGUCCUCUUGCACGCAGUGGUCCAAAAACAAAUUCACCGAUUUUCCCCAUCGACAUGGGAAGAUGAUCUCGAGCGCGCCGGCGACUGCCUCAGUGUUCUUGCUUUCUGCGCCUCUAAAGACCUAAUAGCUGCUCAAUUCCAUCACCAGCUCCACGGCAUCUACCAGACCCUCGUCCAGCUUGGCGGCUCGUCUGCCAUGGCACCAAGAGAUGGGCGUGCGGAAACGGAUGACCCUGGCCAAGCCUCGACGCCGUGCGGCGCACCCGAAGCUAUCGGGACAGCGCAAACUUCACAGUGGACCAACUCGGCAUUUAUUCUCGACAUCACCGCGGAUGCGGAUGCCUUGCUGCUGGAGACCACGCUCAUCCUGUUCAUGAUGCUAAGUCGACCAUUCGGCGAUUCGGCUGCCGAAGAGGCUACACAGCUUAAGCUGGGAAAACACUGGAUCAGCGAUCCCCGGCGGCACGAGUACCCUCAGAUGGUGGAGCGGCUGGACUGGAGCCUGGAAUACAAAUGCCAGUUCAAGUGGGACAUUAGCCAGCUCAGGUUCCCCUGUCCGUCCUCGGCCGAAGCAUCGAAGCAAGACACGUCGCAAACCACAUCCACGCCAAGUGCGAGCAGUGCCAGUCCGUGGGAGACGGACAUGUGCUGA